ACAGUAGGCAUCGGUACCAAAAAUGCUGUAAAAGCAGAUCGAUGCAAAGCAGCUUUGAUGGGGAGAAAGCAUCAGCAGAGGGAUUUCAUCUGUGGCUGGGGUGCAGGUUGCAUUGAAACUACUGUUCUCUAUCCGCAAAGCAAGUUAAUUUUUCGACAACAGUUACGUGGCUUAGCAGCUAAAGAAGCGCUUCUUCAAUUGAAAAAUGAGGGUCUUGUACAUCUGUAUCGAGGGCUUUUGCCGCCCUUGCUUAUGCGGUCUGCAUCUCGCGCACUGAUGUUUGGCAUGUAUGAGAAGUGGAAAAAUGUAUUGUGUUGCCCCGAGUCGCCUCCUCAUUCGUCUUUUACACUUUGUCACGCGGAAGCCGCUUUUUUAGCUGGCUCUUGCGAAGCUUUCCUUUGUCCACUGGAAAGGACUCAAGUUAUACUGCAGUGCCCAGAAUAUCACAAUCGUUACCGAAAUACUGCUCAUGCUUUCCGUUCCUUAGCUGGUAUGGGAGUUCGAGAACUGUAUCGUGCUUGUUCCGUCAUUAUAGUACGUAAUGGCUUAAGCAAUAGUUUAUUUUUCACUCUUCGAGAACCACUUUGGAGAAAAAUUCUUCGUGUAGAUGAAUACGGUUUUACCUCAGGAAGGCUUAGUGAUAGGUUCGUUUAUAAACAUCUUUGUCACAUACUUCUUUACUUAGACAUCUUUUUUUUAAGGCUACCUCCGUCUUUCAUAAACUUUGGUGCCAAUUUUUGUUCUGGUGCACUGUUGGGAGCAAGCAUUUCAACUUUAUUUUUUCCUGUUAAUGUCGUAAAAAAUCGAAUGCAGAGUACAGUGCAAACAAAGUUUCAAUCUGGUUUUAAAGUACUGUUUAUUGUUAUUAAAGAACGUGGCGGGUUUAGCGGGCUUUAUCGUGGCGUAGGCUUAAAUUUUACACGAUCUCUUCUGGCAUGGGGUAUCACAAACUCGGCUUAUGAGUUUUUGCGAGAGAGAUUUUUCUGGUAA